AUGUACGUGAGUUAUCUUUUGGACAAGGACACCAGCAUGUACUCAAAUUCCGUGAGGCACCCCAGUCUCAAUUUAAAUCAUCAGAACUUUGUUCCCGCGCCUCCACAGUAUUCGGAUUUCACCGGAUACCAUCACGUUCCAGGAAUUAGCAACGACCCUCACCACGGCCAAACCAACAGCGCUUGGAACCCCGCGUACGCACCUCAGAGGGACGAGUGGUCCCCUUAUGGACCUGGAACGGUACCUUCCACAUCAAACCCCGGACAAAUCAGUUUCAGUCCCCCAGAAUUCACUCCUGUCCAACCUCCGGCUCCCGGGCUUCUCCCAUCACCCAUCAAUUCACCUGUCGGUCAACUCUCUCCAAAUUCACAAAGAAGGAAUCCUUACGAGUGGAUGAGACGGAGUGCGCCGCCACCAAAUUCAGGGAAGACCCGGACGAAGGACAAGUACAGAGUGGUAUACACAGAUCACCAGCGCCUGGAGCUGGAGAAGGAGUUCCACUACAGUCGGUACAUCACCAUCAGAAGAAAGGCAGAACUGGCCACCACCCUCAGCCUCUCAGAACGACAGGUGAAGAUCUGGUUCCAGAACAGGCGUGCCAAAGAGAGAAAGAUGAACAAGAAGAAGAUGCAACAGUCCCAGCAGGCCUCGACCACUACUCCCACCCCACCUGGCGUGGGAACCCCCGGCAACGUCUCCAUGGUGACCAGUAGCAGCAGUAGCGGUGGCUUAGUGUCACCGUCGAUACCAAUGACAAUUAAAGAGGAGUACUGA